AUGUUCACGCAGAAAAUCUCCAAGGACAAUGUUCUUCAACAUGUCAAAGAUCUCUGGACAUCAUGGUUCGACCUCAAUCCCGACCUUGUCAGCCAGGGCGCAGCACAACAGUCUUUGAACAAAUGCAUCCAGUUCGCUGAAAUGACGGUCCGGGAAGAGAUGCCGAAGACCCGAAGCCGCAUCCAACAAGCAGAAGAAGCCAGAAGCAAGCGAGCAACAGCCCUGAUUCAAGCCGAGACUAAAUUCCAGCAUAUGGACCCUCAGCAGCUCAUUGCUUUGAUCGAGUUGGACAAACACGCAAAGCAAGUCACGAGCAACGACGGCACCAUGGCAAAACAUCUUACCCUUUGCAAACACAGUGAACUGGCAGCACUCGUUCGCAAGUACCCUGACCUCGAGAAUCACUUCAAGAUCCAGUUCAGCAACAACCCGACGACGGCACCUCAAAGAUCCCGCAGUGAAGACCGUCGUUCUCCAGGCCGAAACAACUACAAAAAGUUGCCUCGUACGCCAACCCCAUGCCCCCGCAGAUCGACACGCAGUCGCGGACGCUCAAGCUCUACAAGCAAAAGUCAAAAACGCCAUUCGAAAACCCGAGGCUCGUCGAAAACAUCUUCACGCUCCAAAUCGCGACAUCAAGAUGGGAAGAGUCCUGGUCGCAGCAAAGGCAAAGGCAAAGGCAAGAGCAAGGGCAAGGGCAAGGGUAAGAGCAAAAGCAACGGCAACAACCAAGCAUCUUGA